UCAACAGUCAGAUGUCUAACAUCUAACCUCACUUUUUGGCAUUUGAGAAAAUCCAUAAACCAAGCAUGUUUUGGUACGCAUAACUAAUGCAUAGUUUUAAAUAAAGAGGAGAUGAAAUAACGUUUGAUUGUUAACUUUGUACUUCCAUAUAAGUGAUGCUUAAAACGUAUUUUAACGUAAGCAAGCCAUUUUUUACACCUUGCGUUUCAAUACUCAAACAACUAUCCUCGGAAGGUCCGAUACGAAUUAAGGACAUGAACGAGAAGAAACCUUUCCAGAAACCGAAAUACGACGGGCGGUCGAAGAAAAGACAGUGGGAAGAACGACGGUCUGAUAAAGGUAAAAGUAUAACUUCGGAACCAAAAAAAGCCAAGGUAGACGAUGUUAAGGCCGAAUCCGAAAAUCCAGUCGAAAAAAUCAAACGUAGAAAAUUCGCUAUACUGUUGGGCUAUUCAGGUGUAAAUUAUUUUGGAAUGCAGAGAAACCCGUAUACAAAAACCAUAGAAGAGGACCUGUUCAAAGCCUUGCACAAGGCCAAGUUUAUCAACGAUCUGUGUUAUGACCAGGUGCAAAAUAUGCAGUUUCAAAGGGCUGCAAGAACUGACAAAGGUGUGUCUGCUGUAAGACAAGUGGUGUCAAUCAAGUUACCAGAAAACAUGGACAUAGAACAAGUUAACAAAGAACUGCCCGAUGUUAUCAGACUCUUUGAUUGCAAGAGAGUUACAAAAGGGUUUAACAGCAAAUCCCAAUGCAGUGGCAGAACUUACAUGUAUAUGUUACCAACUGUAGCAUUCGCUGACCAUGAUAAGGAAGUCGAACAAGAAAGUUUCAGAUUAGAUGCAGACAAGUUGAAUAGAAUCAAUGAAUUGCUUAAACAUUUUGUUGGCACAAAAAACUUUCAUAAUUAUACAUCAAAAAAGAAGCCAAACGAUCCUAGUGCAAAAAGGUACAUAAUGUCCUUUGUUUGUGAAACACCGAUUAUCAGAAACAAUGUAGAAUUCGCAAUUCUAAAGGUGCAUGGCCAAAGUUUCAUGAUGCAUCAAAUAAGAAAAUGGUUGGAUUACUGUUAGCAACAGUAAGAGGAUUAGCAUCGGAAGAUAUGUUGAACGAGUCAUUCAAACUGGAGAAAAUAAGUAUACCUAGAGCUCCUGGCUUAGGGCUUGUAUUGGAAUUUGUUCAUUAUGAUAGAUAUAACUGUAGGUAUGGUGAAGAUGGAAUGCACGAAAAAUUAACAUGGGAAGAAGUUGAGGACAAAAUUAAUGAGUUCAAGGAGAAACACAUUUUACCGACUAUCGUUGAGAAAGAGGUGAAUGAACAGCAGAUGCUGACUUGGAUUAAAAGCAAACUCUCGAGACAUUCUUAUGAAGAGGAAGAAGAAAAUGAAAGUGAUGACGAAACAUGUGCAGGAGAUGAUGAUGACGAUGAAGACGAUGUAAAAAACAAUGUAGUUGGUAUUGUUGAAGAUGAACCUAAUAAAGUUCAAAGUACUGGCUAAUAUUUAUUUUUGUAGUUUGCUUCAGAGUUCAAAAAAUAAAGGAUAGAG